GCAUUUUGCUCAAGUGGUCCGGUAAAAGGAUCAACAUCUGACGAGCGCAGUGCAAAACCUGUACUUGGGGAGGCCACCAUGCCGAUGCCUGCAAUGGAUGGCGAUGACGACAACAACAUGAUGAAUAUGGCCAACCUGGCCAACCCGGAUGUUCCCACCGAUUUGGACGUGGCUGCGAAGGUGGAGUCCCAAGCACGGCAACUCGCGGAGCAGGAACGACGCCUUCAAGACCUUGAACGGCGUCUCAGCGGUAUGGCCAUGGGUGGCGGUGCCAAAGAAGCCCAGAUCGUGGCUGUGGAGGACGUGAGCCCGACCGAUGGCAACAAUACCAACAGGGCAAGCAUGGGUAGAACCCCCGUGGACACCGCGACCUACGAAUUUGAACAUUCCAUGUGGGACGCCGCGUUGUUGGUGUUCGUGAGCCGUUCCAAUUUUGCAGACAUGGUCAUCCUGCUCACAGGCUGUACGUUGAACUUUGGCUUGCAGAUUGCCUUGUUGCUGACCAUCUUCAUGGACAUGAUCGAGAACAAGUACGAAGGUGCCAAGGUGAAGGAAAUGCUGCAAUACCGAGUGGAAAUAGGCCAUGCCUCGGCAAACUUUGACACAGGGAAAGGCCAAAGCCUGCUGCAAAAAUUGUGCGGCCUGGAUUUGUGGUCCUUUGAACAAGAGGAAUAUCAACUGAUGUAUGAUUACCUCUACAAGCCAGUGCCAGGCUUCGUCUUGAGCACCCUUGCCAUCAUCAUCUGGGUUUUGACCAUCAUGCGCGAGUACCGGCGUUGUAUCGAGCAAGCCAUGGCUGUGAUCCAUCUUCCAAUAGUGAGGAAUGGACCGGAAAUUGAGGAGGAUGGGGAGGAGUCCAUGGUCAUUGUGGGGAUCCACCCAGUCAAGAAGGUCAUGAUGCUGAUUUGCUUGAGCUUGUUUCGCCUGGGCGUGAUGUUUUUCCUGGGUGUCAUUGGAUGUCAAUACUUGGCGUGGACGGACGGCUUGGGAGACAUUGUCUUGAACGCUGUGGCACUCGCCUUCGUACUGGACGUGGACGAAUUGGUGGCGGAGGUCUUGCUGACAGAACGCUUGCGCUCAACGCUCAGCAAGUUGGAACCACUGAGCUGUGGAAAGAUCAUGAAGAAAGAUGUGAGAUGCAUCCCAAUGAAGGAUGUCAUUCGCUAUAUCAUCACUGUAGGCCUGAUCGUAUUUUCAGUGAUAUACUUCCUCAUGCCAUUCUACACCAGCAUCAAUGCCGCUUCUUUGGCCCUCUGCGGAGGCUACCAGGACUUCAGCUACACGGGUGGCACCUCUGAUAGCGCGAAAACCAUCAUCUUUCAGCCGUCCUCCUGGUUGGGAGACCCUUAUCUCACUGGCUGUGAUGAUACCAGCUAUGACGCAUACUUGCGGAAGUAUUACAAUGCAACACUGGGCACAGUGGCCACGAAUCGAACUCUCAUCGACUACAACCAACUAAGGCAAAAGGAGGUUUUGAACUUUGCCUUCGGCAACACGAGCAACCAGGAAAAGAAGUGCCCGGAAGGUCAAUUCUUGUCAAUUGCGGGUGAAGGGUCGGAGCGACAGUGCAUUAGCGUGCCAAGUGUGUUGAGACAGAAUAUGGGUAAGGAGAUUGAACCUGGCAAGGAUCCGAACAUGCCGAACUGUUCUCGUUUCACUUCGAAGAUGGAUUGCACAGUUGCGGGAACCAUGCUCCAGGACAUUCCCACGAGUGGGCAACACUGUCUUUGGACCUGGUUUGCUCAAACCUGCGAUGGAUCUCCAACUGACACGCACGUCUAUGAUCAAUCGUGUAAUCCGAACCAAAAUGAUGCCUUGGACGCGACCUGCAACAUGUGGGAAGAUGUCUUUAAGCUGACGAACCCCUUGUUUAAUUGCGACAGCAGGGUGUACUGCAGCAAUGAUCCGAUCUAUGACUGCCUGGCCAUGAAACUCUUCAUUGAAGUGGAGCUGAACCAAACCUCUUAUUGGGACCCUAAUUAUGAUGAUUCCAUCACAGAUGUGCAAGGCAGAUUCCUUGACGGGGUGACCACCGCCUUUGUCAACAUGGCGAGCGCCAAGCUCAAGAAGAAUUCGGUGACGCGUGAUGUGGUCCUGGACUCUUCGCAGGUUGACCUAUGCCAUCGGUGUCAAGAACUUGCAAUAUGCCAUCAAGCCCAAGGAGAUCUUGUCUUCUCAGGACUUUCAGACGUAUUUGACAGCGGAAGUUACCAAAUUGAACCUGCAAGACCCCAUGAGCGUGAGCAACGCCACCGUUGGUGGACCCACUUUCAGCACCACGCAGGAGCUCCAAAAUGAUAAUUAUUUUACAACUACUCACCCAGCUGGUUUCGAUGGUGGCAGUGGCUAUGGUGACGACGGCGCCGAUGACGGCGGCGCUGACGACGGCG